CAGAGAUUGAUCUUGUGUUGUUGUGAAAGUUGUUGCUGCGCUGCUCUGAGGUGUAUUUUCUUCUCACUGCGAUGGCGGACAGUGAUGUUGUGAAUGGCUCUGCGGAUGACCACGAGGUGGCGCCGUUGGCUAAGAAAUCUGCUGGCGCUUCACUGCUGGACAGCAGAGAAGACUUUGAGAUGCUGGAACACUUGGAGGAUGACGUGGAUGACGAUCUCCCGCCUUUAGAAGAUGCAGGUGGAGGAAAGAAGAAGAGCAGUCCUGCUAAAGACCCUGCAAAAGAAGACAAAUCUGCAGAAAGUCCUUCUGCAGAACCAGAAGAGUGGCUGGAUGUUUUAGGAAAUGGGCAGCUGAGAAAGAAAGUUCUGGAAGCUGGAGCAGGUCCAGACAGCAGACCACAGAAGGGCCAGAAUGUCACAAUUCAUCUUAAAACUGCUCUUACUAAUGGAACUGUGGUAGACGAGCUGAAAGAUUUAUCAUUUACACUUGGGGAUGGGGAUGUCCUUCAGGCGCUGGAUCUCACUGUACAGCUGAUGGAAAUGGGUGAAAAGGCUUUAAUUGAAGCGGCUGCUAAAUAUGCAUAUGGUGCCCUUGGCAGCUCUGCUCCUGCUGUUCCUCCUGAUGCUGAUCUCCUCCUGGAGGUGCAGCUGUUGUCUGCUGAUGAAGCCCUGGACCUGGAGCUCAUGCCACCGUCUGAGAGGAUCAUUCUGGCCAACAGGAAGCGAGAGAGAGGAAACGUCCACUACCAGCGCGCCGACUAUGCCUUUGCUGUCAACUCGUACGGAAUUGCGCUACAGAUAACUGAAGCAAGUUCGAGAGUGGAUAUCAGUCAAGAAGAAGAGGAAGAACUUUUGGACAUGAAGGUGAAAUGUCUGAACAAUAUGGCGGCUGCUCAGCUUAAGCUUGACCACUAUGAAGCCGCACUGCGCUCCUGCGUCUCUGUUCUGGCGCACCAGCCGGACAAUGUCAAAGCCCUGUUCCGCAAAGGCAAGGUCCUGGCUCUGCAGGGAGAGUUUGCUGAAGCCAUUAAAACACUGAAAAUGGCUUUGAAGUUGGAGCCAAGUAAUAAGACUAUCCACGCUGAGCUGUCGAAGCUUGUGAAGAAACACUCGGAGCAGAAAGGAGCCGAACAGGCCAUGUAUAAAAAGAUGCUGGGUAACCCGUCCAACAGCAGUGUGCAGAAACACCGUGCCAAGUCCUCAUGGGGUCUCAGCUGGAAGUGGCUCUUUGGGGCUACAGCCGUUGCAAUUGGUGGUGUAGCUUUAUCAGUCGUCAUCGCAGCUAGAAAUUAACUGAAGUCAGCUGUGAUGGAUGAUGACGUGGUGCUGAAGAUCUUGAGCUCAACAGGCCCCUGAAACACCUCACUGACCUUUAUUGUACAAAAAAAUUAGAUUUAAAAGAGAAAUUGUUGUAUGUUUUGUUGAGCUCCAUCUCACCCUGUUGGUUUUAAGUAAUGUUCCCGCUUUACUUUCAAUGCAUGAAAGAUCAGCUGGGGAAGAAAUAGAUGCGAGAGAUAAUAUAUAAUAAUUCCUAUUUAUGUACAGAGAAGUUUCUAGUUGUAGUUAAGAGAUGUGUGGAUGUACAGAAUGACGCUGGACCGUUUUGCUGCAGAAUUCUUUGACUGAAAACAGCAUUUGUGAAGUUUCGUGAUCUUAUUUUUGGUGAACUGAAACUUGCUUGUGAACAGUCAAGAAUAUGAUUGUAUGCUUUUUUUUCUUCAUCUUUAACUUCUAAUGCUAAAGAAAGAGAACACUAUUUCAAAGGUCCUUACACUUCCGUGGUACACUAUUCACUAUUUCUUCUGCCUUAGCUUCAUAGGCUCCAAAAUAUCACUGCACCAAGCGGAUGUGUUCAAAUCAGCUGUCUCUCAAUUAUGUUUCCAGAAUUUUUGCAGUUUUUACAGCGCCUACAAGAAUUCUGUGCAUUCCGUUAGAAUUAUUUAUUUAGGAUGACAGAAAUGUGACCAUUUUAAAUUAUCCUUACAUUGAUCGUCUCAGUUCCCCAUUCCAUUUUCUUUUGUUGUAUUGGUAGCUUCCAACAUUCCCUUUUAAGUUGUUUUGUAUUUCCUCAAAUAAACUUUUGCACUUUCUGUUCAUAUGAUUGAAAAUAAAGUGAUUUCUUUAAA